AUGUUUACUUCAUUUCUACAAUUCUUACAAACCCUAAUUUUCUACCCUUUUCUCCUCCCUUUCUUACUCUUUGCACUACUAUUUUUAUACUACAAUACUCUAUCCUCAAGUACUUCCACCACCAAAAACCAGCCACCAUCGCCACCAAAGCUACCAAUCAUAGGCAACCUCCACCAGAUAGGGCCGUUACCGCGGCAAUCCUUUAGCUCAUUGUCUCAUCAAUAUGGACAUGUUAUGCUGCUUCACUUCGGCAGCAAGCCCACAUUAGUAAUAUCAUCUGCAGAUGUUGCCAAAGAAAUUAUGAAAACUCAUGACUUGUUGUUUUGCAGUAGGCCGAGAUCUCUUGUUACCAACAAAAUCUUCUAUGGUUGUAAAGAUAUGGGAUUUUCACCUUACGGUGAACAUUGGAGGAUGAUGAAGAGCAUAUGUGUUAUGCAGUUGUUGAGUAACAAAAAAGUUCAAUCUUAUAGAAAGAUAAGAGAAGAAGAAGUAGGUUUAAUUAUGGAAAUGAUAAAGAAGUCAAAGUUUUCAGUGGUGGAUUUGAGUGAGAUUAUAAUGACACAAACAUAUGAUUUGAUAUGUAGAGCAACUUUUGGUAGGAAGUAUAGUGGAAAAGAUGAGGAUGGUAUAGAUUUUAAGGAGCUUUUGUUAGAAACAAUGGAGUUACUUGGAGUUUUUAGUUUUGGGGAUUUUAUUCCUUGGCUUAGUUGGAUGGAUCGGAUCAAGGGUUUAACGGGUCGAGUUGAAAGGGUUGCAAAAGAAUUGGAUCAGUUACUUGAUAAAGUAAUACAAGAAAAUAAGAAUCGUUUAAAAAACAAGAAAAGCAUGAAUGAUGUUGAGUUCGAUGAUGAAGGAAAAAGUGCGAAAAACUUUGUAGAAAUUUUGCUUGAAUCAAAGUGGGAGAACGAGGUUUCUCUUCCGAUGGAUGAUAUCAAAGCCGUUAUAUUGGAUGUGUUUGCCGCUGGGGCUGACACAACUUACACACUACUAGAAUGGACAAUGACCGAGUUGAUUAGGCAUCCCAGAGUUAUGAAAGAAUUGCAAGAAGAAGUUCGAAAAAUUAUUGCAUGCAAAGGCAACUCGGUGUUAAAGGUAAGUGAGGAUGAUUUAGAUAAACUGACAUAUCUAAAAGCUGUGCUUAAGGAAACACUUAGGCUGCACCCUCCAGCUCCAUUGUUGGUGUUUCGGGAGUCGUUGAAGGAUGUAAAAAUCGAUGGUUUCGACAUCAAAGCCGGGACACAUGUGUUUAUAAACGCAUGGGAAAUUCAUAGAGAUCCAACAUUUUGGGAAGAACCUGAAGAAUUUCGACCUGAAAGAUUUUUAAAUGAUAGUUCACUUAACUUCAAAGGACAAGAUUUCAAUUAUAUUCCAUUUGGAGCUGGAAGAAGAAGUUGUCCUGGUAUAUCGUUUGCAAUGGUUAAUGCUGAACUUAUGCUUGCGAAUCUCGUCUAUGAAUUUGACUGGAAAAUGCCUGAAAAUGGAGUAUUAGACAUGGAUGAGAGUGUAGGUAUCACAGUUCAUAGGAGAGUGCCUCUCGUGCUUAUUCCAACACCUUAUUAUUCUUAAGUUUAAGACUAUAUGUUAAGUAGUAUAAUGUUAUCAAUUAGUGGAAACUUUGCACAUCCUAAAGAAAGUGUAAUGAUUGUAUGGUUUGUUCCAAUCAAUCAAUUUUUAAUGUUAUGGAGUUUUUUUUUUUUUUGAGGGGAAUGUUAUGGAGUUUAAUGUCAGAUUAUUAAUAAAGGAAACUACAUUAUAGUAGAUCUCAUCUUAUUUUUGUGUUCAAAUGGAGUAUCAAAUCUAGCUAGUUUUUAUACUAAAAAAUCAAUAACUAUUAUUUCACGAACAUAAAAUCUCCAAAAUCAUUACCUUGAAAAUAUGUACUCCCUACGUUUUCUUUUGUAGUUUUGUUGUUCCUGACUGGCUGAAUACCAUUAGGAAAUCUCAAUAUAUUAUUUUUAUUUUGAAUAUUUUCAUACAUAGUGUAAUUUAUGACUUAAAUUUCCCAUUGGUUUUAAGUUGAAAUAAAUGCAUUCAAUUUUUUUAUUAUUAGAAAAAAAAUUUGGUACGAAAACUGACUCCUACUAGGCUACUAGCUCUCCCUCAGA